GGCCACUUCCAAUUUUCCGGUAUAUACAGUCUCUGACUACUCACAACGAUGAACAACUGUGCGCUGGAACAGCCCGAGCCUCUAUCAUAUGGCACCCCCUCGAUAACAAUCAGAAAGAAUAUCUCUAGGAAUGGUGGACAACCAUUCGAAGACUCUGAUGUUCUCGUGCUUUCCUCCCGGUCCACAAGUGACACGCACUCCAAAGAUUCCACGCAGCUGUACCUCGACUUACGUCUCUCGAAGCCUUUACUGCCAGAGAGCAUCAUUAAAUGGGGCUUUGCUGGAAUCCGUGUCACACUCUUUUCUACUCCUCUGCGUUUCCGAUGGAAUCAUUAUAUUGAUUCCCAGGGACAAGAUGGCCCUCCUGAUGAGGGCACCAUGACUUCGUGUGAUGGAGAAGAAGUAGAAACUGGAGUUGGGGUAAACCCCGAGACGGGAGAACAGGAGCAGUACGAAGAACGCUGGAUUGACCAACCGGUUCCACUACGCACAUCGUUCGCAUUCCUCACUUCCUCACGCGAACCAAGUGAAUCGACCGGGUUUAUCGCUAUCCUGGGAGAUCAUGCGCUUGCAAUGCGCCAGAACCACCCUCCGAAUGACACCGAAUUUCAAGCGGUGCGCAUGCGCAUCUCGACUUCAUCGUCGCCCGAAGUUCUAUUCAAGCAAAACGCAGACGCUCUCCUCCCAUUGUUAGAAUCUGCGCUCUCAGGGGUUGAUAAUUGGAAAGGAUCCCCUUGGCAGCGUGGUCAGGACAUUACUUUACAGGAAAGCCGCUGGACGGUGUGGGAUGCUGGUAUGACAGGGGAAAACUGACUGCUUAAUUUAAAUUGCAGGUGAACGUAUUCCAUGAUGGCACGAUGUCCAGCUGCGAUGCAAUUAUAACCUAUAUCCACCGCGCUGCGUGGGCCUUGAUCUUCAAUCGGCGAGUAUGAGGAGCGGGGAACGUCAGAUGCAGGACACACUGUUCAUAAUGACACUUGAUUCGGUAUGACCCUAGCUAACACGCAGCGAGUACGAGU